GCGGGGAACCUCUUUUACUCGCCACAACGCGUCGCGUUGCGUCGCGCUCGCUUCGUCUCGAUCAUUACGCGGUGUGCCGUGUGAGUGUGAGAAACUCAGUCCUCUCGCGUUUCGUCUUCUCACUGUCUUCUGUCCCUUUGUCUCGUUCCGUCUAAUCUCAUCGAUCUCUACGGUCUCGUACGACACGCACCAACGAGGUAUUGUUCACUCGCAGCAAUACACAGAAGAGCGCGCGUAACGCGGCGACAAGACGUUCCUCUCUCUCUCUCUCUCUCUCUGUCUUUCUCUCUCUUUCUCUCUCUCUUUUUCUCUCGAAUAAGGCACGUGUAAGAACUCGCGACUUGAGCGGACAGUUCGAGAGUUCAGCCAGAAAACGACGAGUGAACGUUGCUGCUACUGCUGCGAGCGAACUUCGAGUGGCAAAGAGUACCACGGAAUCACGACAACGGCGGCGACGAGCCCGAAACGUAGGAAAAUGCCGGAAACCGCGCACCACAUGAACGGCUAUGCGAAUGGUCAUACGCCGCCUGAGCUGCAACAGGGCACUACUUUCCUGUUCACCUCGGAGUCGGUCGGCGAGGGACACCCAGACAAAAUGUGUGACCAGAUAAGCGACGCCAUUCUGGAUGCACAUUUGAAACAAGAUCCUGAUGCUAAAGUGGCAUGUGAAACUGUAACCAAAACUGGGAUGAUACUAUUAUGCGGAGAAAUUACAUCAAAGGCUGUAGUGGACUACCAGAAGAUUGUUCGAGACACAGUGAAUCAUAUCGGCUAUGACGACUCUUCAAAAGGUUUUGACUACAAGCUGUGCAAUGUCCUGCUGGCGCUCGAUGCUCAGUCACCAAAUAUCGCGGCAGGCGUUCAUGAAAAUCGUAGUGAUGAAGAAGUGGGAGCAGGAGAUCAGGGUUUAAUGUUUGGUUAUGCCACCGAUGAAACCGACGAAUGUAUGCCACUGACCGUUGUACUCGCGCACAAAUUGAAUCAAAAAAUCGCUGAACUAAGACGAAGUGGAGAACUGUGGUGGGCUCGUCCGGAUUCAAAAACACAGGUGACUUGCGAAUACAUCAUGGACCAUGGAGCCUGCGUACCCAUAAGAGUUCACACUGUUGUAGUAUCGCUACAACACAGCGAAAAAAUUGGUUUGGACGAGUUACGUAAAGCAAUCAUGGAAAAGGUUAUCAAAGAAGUGAUACCAGCAAGAUAUUUAGAUGACAGGACAAUCUUUCAUGUAAAUCCUUGUGGACUUUUUAUUAUUGGUGGACCACAGAGCGACGCUGGUCUCACCGGACGGAAGAUCAUUGUAGAUACGUACGGCGGUUGGGGAGCGCACGGGGGCGGCGCAUUUUCUGGUAAAGACUUUACAAAAGUAGACAGGUCGGCUGCAUACGCUGCAAGAUGGGUUGCCAAAUCUCUCGUAAAGGCCGGUCUAUGCAGGCGCUGUCUCGUACAAGUCUCGUAUGCUAUUGGAGUGGCGGAGCCCUUGUCAAUCACGGUCUUUGAUUAUGGUACAUCCACGCGCUCUCAGAAUGAGCUCUUAGAUAUAGUGAACAAAAAUUUUGAUUUGCGACCCGGAAAGAUCGUCAAGGAGCUGAAUCUUCGCAAUCCCAUUUAUCAACAAACCAGUACAUACGGUCAUUUUGGACGAGAUGGUUUCACAUGGGAACAACCAAAGAAGCUAAUCCUCGAUUGAUGAGAGAGCGUAUUUUAAGUUAGUCUCGACGUUUCGCGACUAUCAAACGUCGGACAUAAAAACGUUUCCCCCCUCUCUCUCUCUAACUCUUUCUCUAUCUUUUUCUCACAGUAACCGUGUUAUCUCGUCAAAUAUUACCCGAGAUUCUUCAAUCUCUGCAAUGCCGCAGCCACCGAGUUCGUCAGUUCCUUAUGCCAAUUUUAGCAGUAGCGAGAAGUGGCCCAUAUUCCCCUUCCUUCGUGCCAUGGAAUACCGAAUAUUACAACGUGACGACAGGCAUAGUACAAAUCUCGUUCAUAAUCCGAGACAUGUGGAUAUAGACAGUCAUUUCUAUCUUCUUUUCUCGGAAUCGAUUCUUCGAGCGUGUUUCUACCUUACGUCUAAUGAACCUAGAGCGCAAGGAAAGGGUAAACCGAGCCUAUCGCAAAGAAAACCCAUCAUAAGCCCAUUUGCGCGUUCCGAGAAGCUCUUGAAUAUCUAGCUUGAGUUGGAUAACUUGCUCUGACAACGGCGGAUCGACUACGGCCUUGUCGCGGAUGCACAGUGAAAGCAGAGAAAGGGGAAAAAGAAAAAACCAACCUGUUGUAGAAAAUCUAAUAAUUUUACGUUUGAGGAAAGUGUAUAAACGGGCGCUAUUGAUAAAAGUUUCCGCAGUGAAACUCCGAGAUAAAACAGCAGUCUCGUAGAUUUUUAGCGGUAUUAGCAGCCUCUCGUGCACGUACAUGGAAGAUGGACGCUUCGAUCCAACUUCGUAAAUCAACUUCGAUAUUUUGAAUCGGAGUACAACGGAUAUAGUACGCUAUUAGCAUUCGGAAGUCCCGUGUGCUCUACUUUAUUUUCCGUUUAUCGGUCCAUCUUUCGUGUACGUAUCUUCAUUAGAGUUAUUAAUCGCUCGAGAGUAUGAGAAAUAUGUGAAUUGGCGGCGGUAAACGUGUUCUCGGCAGACGUGUACGUAGCAAAGCAGGAAAUGACGUUUCACGAGUUUUACACGAGAGACGAUUUCGUCGUAAUGCCGGGCCGAUCAAUAAUCGGCAAGAGGAAUCGUUGUUGAGCAUUUUAGAGUAUUUGAAAUUUGUCAGAGUAGCAGUAGUUGUAAAUUUAGGUUUCAUCGGUUUACAUAGCUUGCGUGAAUACAAUAAAAUCUGCGAACGUAUCGAGUUCGCUCAGUGGAGCACAUAGUCGUUUCCCCCUUUGCUAUUCAAUUUCAUUCAGGUAGAACAAUUAUAACAAAUGUCAGGAAAAAUCAUUAAUGUAAUCUCGUAGAGGUCCAGCACAGAUCGUGUGACGGAGCUCAAAAAUUGAGAAAAUUUUCUGUUUUCUGGUAUAUGCAUUCGACGUGUCCUUAUUGGAUUUUAAUGGAAAGUUAAAAAAACAAAAAAAGAAUUGUAAAAAGAUUCGGUCAUUUUCUGUCAGAAUUAAUGUAUGCGAUUUGUGACGUAGCAAUAUUGGCAAUAUGUAUAACAGUGCACAAGAUCUUCUAAAAGAAAGACAUAAUAAAACGGAUUUUUUAAUAAAAAUA